AUGCAGCAAAACUCAGAGAGCGGUAAGCGCCACGGCAAGAGAAAGCUCUCCGCAUCACCGCAACGAAGCAUCUCCGACCUCCUCUCCUCCAAGCGGCCUCGCCGCUCUCCAUCUCCAUCUCCAACGCGCAAACCCACCCAUCCAACCCCGACCCCGAACCAGCACCACACCCACCAGAAUCAGAUGUAUCAGUUUUCCGGAUCACCGCAUAGAGGCGGCGCUCCGCUUCGGGGCGCGUCGUCGGGGCCGGGCCCGGGCUCGAAUAACGUCAGCGUUGGCGGUGGUGUCGGCGUGCCAGGUCGACCGCAAUCUUUGAAUGUCGGUGCUCGCCAGAGUAACUUCUCCCCACAUACGGGCGCGAAGAAGCUUGUUGUCAAGAACCUGAGACUUGGGCCGCGGCUGAACCAGGAGUCUUAUUUCGAUAAGGUUUGGUCGCAGCUUGAUGCGGCGCUUACAGCUGUCUUUGAUGGCCGGAAGCCGGAGUCUUCGCUUGAGGAGCUUUACAAGGGUGGGGAGAAUAUUUGUCGACAGGAGCGUGCUGCUAUGCUGGCACAGCGGCUUCAGGAUCGAUGUCGGGAUUAUGUCGAUGGGAAGAUGAGGGAGGCUCUUGUUGCUAGGGCUGGGGGGAGUGCUGAUGUUGAUACUCUACGGGCCGUUCUCGAGACGUGGUCUGCGUGGCAUUCGAAGCUUGUUACUGUUCGUUGGAUCUUCUAUUAUCUCGACCAGUCGUUCCUCUUACAUUCGAAAGAUCAGCCCGUGAUUCGUGAAAUGGGUCUGAUUCACUUCCGGUCUUAUAUUUUCAACGACUCCAGUUUGAAGCCGAAGAUCUUGAAGGGUGCAUACAAUUUGAUUGCUGCGGAUCGAGGCGCUGAUGUCAGAGCAUUGGCGGACUCGUCCCUGCUCAGAGAGGCCAUGGAUUUGUUCCACAAUCUCGACGUUUACAGCAGUGACUUUGAACCUUUGUUAAUGUCCGAGUCUGAAAAGUUUGUUACGUCAUGGUGUCAACGGGAAGUUGCAGGAAACCUGGCUACGUACGUCGAUAAUACUCGUCAUUUGAUUGAGCGUGAAGUGGAACGCUGUAAUUUGUUUUCGUUUGCCCGAAGUACGAGGUUGAAGCUAUCAGAGCUCUUGGAUGAGACUCUUGUCGUGAAGCAAACCGACCUGUUGACUAACGACAAUGACGUGCUUACUUUGAUGCGAGCUGGAAACAACGAUGCCCUUAAACAACUCUACGACCUACUUGCUCGGCGGGAUUUGACUCUCAAACUGAAGGGUGCCUUCAAGAAAUACAUCGUCGAAGAGGGUGAAGCCAUCGUUUUCGACCAGGAGAAUGAAGCAAGUAUGGUUGUUAACCUUCUCCAAUUUAAGCGCAAGGCCGAUGAUAUUUGGAGCUCCGCCUUCAAAUCCAAUGACGAAUUGGGCCAUACCCUCCGGGAGGCAUUUGGCACUUUUAUAAACCGUGGAAAGAAGAUGGAAUCCACUGGUGGCACCGACAACCCCAAGGCUGGUGAGAUGAUUGCCAAGUAUGUGGAUAGGCUACUCAAGGGUGGUCUCAAGGUCUCGUCCCAAGGACAGCAAACUCUCAUUGACGAGGACGCUGAACUCGAUCGACAAAUGGAUCAAGUACUUGAUCUUUUCCGAUUUGUGCACGGCAAGGCUGUCUUCGAGGCAUUUUACAAGAACGAUCUCGCACGACGUCUGUUAAUGGGACGAAGUGCGAGUAGCGAGGCGGAGAAGAGCAUGUUGGCUCGUCUGAAAAAUGAGUGUGGCUCAAACUUUACACACAAUCUUGAGUCCAUGUUCAAUGAUAUGGACACCGCCAAGGCUGAAAUGGUAGCCUUCGACGCACUACAGAAGCAGAGGUCGCAUAAGGAGCGCACCCCAGUUUCUCUACAUGUCAGUGUUCUCUCCGCUGCCUCUUGGCCAUCAUAUCCCGACGUCCCCGUGCGGAUUCCAUCCAAGAUUGCCAAGUCAAUCAAUAAUUUCGAGGCAUUCUAUGAGACCAAACAUAAAGGACGAAAACUCGACUGGAAGCAUCAACUAUCACAUUGUCAACUGAAUGCGUACUUCCCGAAAGCAAACGGCAAGGGCAAUAAUAUGAAGAACCUGGUAGUCAGCUCGUUCCAAGCCAUCGUCUUGCUCCUCUUCAACGACGUCCCAGAUGGCGAAAGCCUAGAUUAUACCCAGAUCCAAGAAGCGACCGGACUGUCGGACCCAGAAUUAAAGCGAACGCUGCAGUCAGUCGCCUGCGCCAAAUACAAAGUCCUAGUCAAGAGCCCCAAAGGCAAGGACGUAACAUCAACGGACAAGUUCUGGUUCAACGCCGACUUCACCGACCCACAAACCCGCAUUAAGAUCAACCAGAUUCAACUCAAGGAAACGAAAGAAGAAAAUAAGACGACGCACGAGCGUAUCUCGGCCGAUCGACAUCUCGAGACGCAGGCUGCCAUCGUGCGUCUUAUGAAGAGUCGCAAGGUCCUUGGUCAUGCCGAGUUGAUCUCGGAUGUUCUCAAUGCCACGAAGAGUCGAGGUGCGCUGCAGCCUGCGGAGAUCAAGGGCGAGAUUGAAAAACUCAUCGAGAAAGAUUAUAUGGAGCGCAAAGAAGAUACCAAUGCAUACAGUUACGUGGCAUAG